AUGAGUUUGACUGCACUCUCUUCUAUGUCGGAUAGAAUAACUCCAACAACAUCUAAUAAUCCAAGAUUUCAUGAGACAAUUCAAGAGUCGCCGUUGUUUAAACGAAUGUAUCAAAGUACAGAAGAAGAUCAUGGUAGUAUGUUAGAUAAAAAUACUAUAGAAAAUGACACAUCAACAGAUGAAGAACAAAAUAAUCUUAAAGAUUAUUCUUUUCCUUCACGUAAUAAUGAAUCUGGAAUAGUUGAUGAAAAAUUAACAUGUAAAUUACCAGUUACUCAAUCAACAAUUGAUGAAGUGGCAUCUUCAUCAACAUCUUCAAUUUAUGAACCAAUAUUAAUGGGUAAUGUACAAGUAACUUCAACUACUAAUCCAAUGACUACCUCAUAUUAUGAAAAUGUACAACCACAUAAUGUUUUUAAUAAUACAUCAACAUUUUUAACAUCAUCAAAAUAUUAUGGGAAAACUUUUCAGGUGGAGGAUGAUGACGAACAUGUAUAUGCUAAUCUUUCUGAAAUAACACAAAUUGACAGAGCUCCAGAUCCACCUAUGCCUUGUGAGGAUACACAACCAAUACGAAUUUUACCAACAGGUUGGAGAGAAUAUAAAACUCCCGGUGGAAGAUCAUACUUUUAUCAUCCGGUGAUGCUAGUUUGUCAAUGGAAACCGCCUCGCACUGUCGCUUCUUCUUUUACCACAGCAUUCAAUAAUUUCCAAAAAAAUCAACCAUCAACUUCACUGCUUACAUCUACCAUUAUCAAUAGUAGUGAAAUUCAUCCUAUUGAUAAUAAUAUCAUGUCCAAUUCUACUCCUCCUAGUCAGGGAUGUAAUAGCACUGGAGGUGACAUCAUCAAAAAGGGUAUAAUAGAACAUCCAGAGUUAUCAGAGUCUGGGGAAUAUUUUUCACAUCCUACUGGUGACCAAAAGUGCUACUUUGGUACUGAUACAUUUGAUUCAAGAAAAACAUCAUCUGAAACUUCUGGUUACGUAAACAAUCAUAAUCCAACAAUUCAUGAGACCAACGAGAUGGUGAAUAGUAGUGAUUCUGGAAUUUUAAGUGGAGGUCAAACAUCAUCAACAGUAUAUAAUAAUUUUCCAAAGAAUAAUAGUAGUAUAGAAACGGGCACAAAGGGACGUCCAUACAUUCCAGAGAUAUCAAAAGACGGGCAUGUUAGGCAGACAUUGGAAAAAUUAAAAAGUAUUGAUUUUUCACAUCCUCCAAUAUUAGAUACAAUAACAUUACCAUCUCCUACAUUACAUCACUCUAAUACAACAACUUCAACAAUGAAAGGAUCAAUAGAGAAAUGUAAAAUUAUUGACUUUGCCUCAAAAAGUCGUAAAAAGGAGUGGGUAAAAAAUUUUAUGGUUUUAUCAAAAAAUCAUUUAUUAUUUUAUAAAGAUGAAAAAAGUGCUGAAAAACAUGGUAAACAUUAUGAAGCACCAUUAGGUGUUUGUGAUUUAAAAAAUGCAAAUAUAGCAUUUAUUGAAAAAAGAAAAAAUAGACCAAUUAUUGAAAUUAAGACAACUGAUUCAGAGGGUUUAUGUGUUGAGUAUCAAAUUGAAGGAACAGAUAGACAUGAUACAUUAAAUUGGUAUUCAAUAUUAAAAAGUUGUACUGUAUCUCUCAACUCACCAACGGGUUUUCCAUCUCCUACAUCUGUGAAUAAUGAUUUUACAAAUCCUUUACAGAGAAAUUCUUCUUUUAUUGCUAGUAGGAAUGUACCAUUGAUAAAUCAGCAAACACCAAUAAUGUCUAAAAGUACCUAUUUAUCAUCAAAAAGUAUGAAAAAAGGAAAAAGUAUAAGUAAAGGUGACUCAAUGGUUUCAUCAAUGAUUGAAAGUAUACCAUGUGUUGAUACUAUUAACGGUGAACCAGUGCCAACAAAAGAAUCAAUAAUUGAAAGAUUAUUAAGGUUUUUCAGAUCAAGACCUUCAAUAGAAUCAUUAAGAGAUAGAGGUAUUUAUAGACCAGAACCAGUUUUUGGUAGUACAUUAGAAAUAAUAUGUAAGCAAGAACAGUCAACUGUACCAAAAUUUUUAAUUGUUAUAACAAAAAUAAUUGAGGAGAAGGGUCUUGAAACAGAUGGGUUGUAUCGUGUUUCUGGUAAUCUUUCAACAAUUCAAAAAAUUAGAUGUAAGGUUGAUCAAUACAAUUAUGAUGAUAUCAAGAAUGAGGAAGAUGUUCAUGUACUAACAGGAACAUUAAAACUAUUCUUUAGAGAAUUAUCUGAACCAUUAUUUCCAAUUAGUAUGAAUAAAGAUUUUGUUAAUUCUAUACAAACUGGAAAUAUGGAGACUCGUUUUGUGAAAAUUGAUGAAUUAUUAAUGAAAUUACCAACAGUAAAUAAACAUACAUUAAUUCAUUUACUAAAACAUCUUCAACGAGUUUCUAAUUAUUCAAAUAAAAAUAGAAUGCAAAUUCAUAAUUUAGCAAUUGUUUUUGGACCAACAUUAUUUGGGUGUGAUGAUAGGCCAAUAAUAAAUAAAAGUAAAAGUACCAAAGAAUCUAAAAAUACUAGUAGUAGUAAAAAGAAACUUCAAAAAAAAGAAAUAUCUCCUCCUGUGCAACCAAAUCAAAAUUUGGCUUUUAAAAUGAUAAUAUUUUUUUUUAUCAAAAAGAUAUUACAUCAUAGAGUGCAGAAAAGUACAACAUUAGCAUCUGCUGCAAAAGUUUUGUUUCAGAUGAUUUUGAAGUAA